AUGAGGCAGGAACAAAGAUUGUGUAUAGCCAUUCAAUUGUUUGUUUGUUUUUUUAUACAUUUUACUUUCUGUUCCUCAAGUCACAAUUAUGGAAAUACUCCGGAGAUUAAGAUAGUUGGAAGCAAGUUUUUCAGCUCACUGGAUGGAGCACAGUUUUUUAUUAAAGGCAUCGCAUAUCAACCACAGAGAAGUGAAGAGGAGCUUGCAAAUGCAAAUGGCGCUUUUGAGACAAAAUAUAUCGACGCCUUGGCAGAUCCAGAGCUAUGCUUGAGGGAUAUACCAUAUCUUAAAAGAUUAGGAGUAAACACGUUGCGUAUUUACGCAAUUGACCCAACAAAGUCGCACGAAAAAUGUAUGGAAGCACUGUCUGUCGAAGGAAUGUAUGUUCUAUUAGACCUUUCAGAACCAGAUAUUUCAAUAAAUAGAGAAGAACCGGCUUGGGAUGUUAACAUCUUUGAAAGAUAUAAAUCUGUAAUUGACGCAAUGUCUUCUUUUCCAAAUCUGCUUGGCUUUUUUGCGGGAAAUGAGGUGACCAACGAUCAUACAAAUACGUUUGCUUCACCAUUUGUAAAGGCUGCAAUUAGAGAUGCCAAAGAGUACAUAUCGAGGUCCGACUAUAGAAAUAUUCCGGUCGGCUAUUCUACCAAUGAUGAUGCUGUAACCAGAGAAAACCUUGCCAAUUACUUUGUUUGCGGAGAGGUCAAAGCUGAUUUCUACGGAAUAAAUAUGUAUGAAUGGUGCGGGUAUUCUACAUAUGGGACUAGUGGAUAUAGGGAAAGGACAAAAGAAUUUGAAGGUUACCCAAUCCCUGUAUUUUUCUCUGAAUUCGGCUGCAAUAUCAUAAGACCGAGACCAUUUACUGAAGUCAGUGCUCUAUAUGGUAACAAAAUGUCCUCAGUUUGGUCGGGAGGUCUUGCAUAUAUGUAUUUUGAAGAAGAAAAUGAAUACGGCGUUGUCAAAAUUAAUGACAAAAAUGAAGUGGAUAUUCUUCCUGACUUCAAAAAUCUUGAGAAAGAGUUCAAAAAAGCCGAUCCAAAAGGCACCACAGAGGAACGGUAUUCAAUUGCUUUGAAAAAUCAGCAGGCACGGAAUGAUACUGAAUGCCCAAGUAUCACCGGGAGAGUUUGGGAAGCAAACGAAAAAUUACCUGCAACACCGGAUAGAUCUAAGUGCGCCUGUUUGGAUACGGUUUUGCCAUGUGCCGUGGUUCCUUUUGGUUCUGAGUCUGAAAAAUACGAGAACUAUUUUGACUACUUAUGUUCGAAAGUUGAUUGUUCUGAUAUUCAGGCAAAUGGUAAAACAGGUAUAUACGGUAUGUUCUCUGAUUGUUCCGUAGAGCAGAAAAUGUCUUUACAGCUAAGCAAACUGUACUACAAAGUAGGCGCGAAAGAUCAACGCUGCCCCCUCAAUGAUAGAAACGUGUACUUUAAUUUAGAAAGCUUGGAACAUCUCUCAAAUGAUUCAGUGUGCAAUGAUAUUCUCAAUUCUAUAGUGAACAGUACGUGUUCCAAUGGCGAUUGCUCAAUCUCAAACCCAGCACGAAAUAAAGAAAAUUUAAAGGCGAAGCAUCCCCCAAAGAAUGAUAUAAAUGGCAGUACCGUUGCAUUUAAAACCUCAGGGUUUAUAAUACUUUUGAUUUCUAUGGUGACUGCUGGAGUUGUUUUCUGA